AUGGAUGAAACCAAACGACAUAAUCCGGAAUUUCUUGACGCGGAUGUGAUCCUACGCUCUUCCGACGACGUCGAACUUCUCUCCCACCGGCGGACCCUGGCACUUGCAUCGCCAUUCUUCGCCACCCUUUUUGCCUUACCCGCACCACACGAUGGGACUUCUAAGCAUGGGACGGAAGGGUGCCUUCCGGCCGUAUGCAUGGACGAAGACGAGGCUGCUCUACUACGCAUGCUUUUGUCGUUGUGCUCCAACACCGAGCCGGCCAUCACAGCAAUGGACGAGUUGAUCAUCGCCGCACGGCUUGCGUCAAACUUUGAGCUUUUUGCAAGCUGCCUCCAUCACGUCUCUUCACUACGAACCUACACCAUGGCGAAUACACAAUCCGAAGCUCUCAGGAUCCUAGAAGGCGUCGUACGCGAUGCAGGGGAACCAUUCGCUGCCCCUGACGCCGAUGUGAUCUUACGCUCAUCCGAUAACGUCGACUUUCGCUUCUACAGCUUGGUUCUGAAGCUAGCCUCGCCGAUCUUCGCCGACAUGUUCUUACUCCCCCCUCCGCCCGGGAACUCAUCAGGAGAUGAGGUCAAAGACGGUCUGCCCGUCAUCUGCAUGGCCGAAGACGAGCAAUCCAUGCGUGUUCUUCUCACAAUAUGCCAUCCCGGUUUGAAGCCCAGCAUCGGGGCUCUCGACGAUCUGGCCGUCGCCCUGCGACUCGUGGCGAAGUUCAGGCUAACCAAUGCCACGAGCAUUGACGUUCUACUACGACGGCAUGCGUCAGACUCGCCAGAGCGUGUGUUCGCAAUGGCCUGGCUCCUGCAGAUGCGCGAUCUGGCCUUACUUGCGGCUAGGGAGUCAUUGAAGGCACCGUUCAUGCUAUACCGACGGACGACUUUGAAGAUCCCAGAGUUCCACGAGUUGCCGGCCCACGCUCUUCAACAGCUUCUCAUCUUUCAGUCGCGCUGUCGACACGAUGCAGCGAGGAUAUACUCCGACCUUGGCUGGCUAGACGCCGCCCAGAUACCCGCUCAAGCCAAGGAGUCUGGCGAGGACGGUGGAAUAUGCGGGAAUUGUGGAGACACACGUGUUCAGUGUCGUACGCCAGCAGAUAGACCUACUAGGGUCAAAGAUUGGUGGUUCAAAUACGUGAAGUUGGUCGCGGAACAGAUGCAGAGUUCCUUCAACCCCGAGGAAUCCCACUUGUAUCCGGCCAUUCAUGGCGCCCUCGACACCGCAUCUGGCUGUUCAAGAUGCAGAGACUCGGCGAAGCAGGCUCUUGAGACGUUCACGCCUCUUCUCCUCGAGCAGGUGCAAGCGAUCAUCACGAAGGCUGAGAAUGACCUAGACCUCCCUUUCUGA